AUGGAAAGUCCGUCCACGAGCACUGUGUACAUCCGAAUUAUCGAGGACGUCAUCAACAAAGUCCGAGAAAAAUGCGUUCGCAAUGGUCGUCUGAAUGGUGACAUUCUCAACGAAUUUCGAGCAGAAUGGGAGACGAGGCUGAUGAAUCUUGGCGCUAUAGUGGGUCCGAUUGACAGAUCCGCUACAAAGUUGACGGCCCCUAGGGAUCCGGAAGACUCUCUUCAGGGUCUUAAUGUACCUUACGGGGGGCCUCAAGCGUAUGAGACAUCUACUGCUGAUUCACUUUACCCUCGGUGGAAAUCGCAAACACCAUUGCAGACUCCAAUUAAAACCCCUUUGCCUGCUCAAACACCAUUAACUGGAAGAGCCCCAACACUCUUACCAGGGACAGUGGACAGUUCAUGCAAUAUACCCAUCACUCCAAAUGAUUAUCCUCCUCAGCCACCAUCUCCUAGUUUGAACCCAGGGCCUAGUCUUGAUGGUAAUAUCGCUUACGAAGAGACUGACAGAAGAGCUGCCCAAGCCCAUGAACCAAUGACUCAGGAUUUUCUUGAUUUGUCUUUUGGAAAGCGGAAACGAGAUGAUUUGCCUUCACAACAUCGUCCAGUCAGAUAUAUUCCACAGCAAGAUGGAGCUGGAGAUAUAAUAGAUGAUAAAUUUGAGGCUGGUCAAGGGAGCAAUCCUCUAUUUGAUACUAUCAUUGAUGAACUUGAGUUGUCUCCUAAGAUUCCUCAACUAGAUGGUCAAGCACCAACUUCUGCAUCAGUCAAUCCCGAUGAUGAAGACGAACCUUUAAAUGAAAAUGACGAUGAUGAUGAUGAUCUGCCUCAGGCGGAAGCAGAUGAACUAGAUAGAAGAAAUUUGAUUCUGACCAUGUAUGACAGGGUGACUCGUUCAAAGAGAAAGUGGAGGUGCCUUAUGAGGAAUGGCAUUAUACACAUAGAUCACAAGGAAACUUUAUUCAGUCAGGCAUUGGGAGAGUUUCAAUUCUGA